UUUGGUACGGCACUAUUAUAUCAUAUUUUGCAUGACGACGCGUAUGAGAACACAAGUUCCCCAUGACAUGUUAAUAAGUAUUUUUUUAAAAUCUGGCAUCCGAAAUAUAUACGGUUCAGUAGCCAUGUUCAGGCGGCACCAUCCCGCCCUCAUCACCAGCGGCAGAGCCUCUCGGUCUCGAGUCUCGACCCUCCCCAUAUGGCCAAGAUCCAGCCUCUGCCAGCAGCCCCGUCGGCGGCGGCGCCGCCCUCCUCGUCAUCGGCGGACGAGCCGUGGCAGGUGUACACGGUGUGGAUGAAGUCGCUGGUGUUCAACGGCAACGGGUGCACGGUGUACGGCGCCGACGGCGGCGUGGCCUUCCGCGUGGACAACUACGGCUGCAGGGGCGGGCGCGAGGCCUUCCUCAUGGACCGCACCGGCAGGACGGUGGUUGGGAUCCAUAGGCGGAGCUGCUUCGGGAUGCUGAGGAGGUGGGAGGUCUGCCGGUACUCCGACAAACCCGAGUCCGGCGGCGGCGGCGGCGGCGGCGGCGAGGAGGCCGGGACGCCGUGGUUCGCGGUGCGCAAGGCGCGGCGCGGCGGCGGAGCUGCCGUGACGGUGCACGGCGGCAGCGGGAGGAGUAGUAGUACGACUACGACGGCGUACGCGAUCGUGGGCGGCGGGUGCUCUCGCAAGCCGGACUACAGAAUCUUGGGCGGCGCCGACGGCGCGGCCGUGGCGGCGGUCGCGCGGAAGCAGACGCCGGGCGGGGCGGUGCUGGGGGACGACGUCCUGACGCUGACGGUGGCGCCGGGGACGGACCAUCUCCUCGUGCUGGGACUGGUCGUUGUCUUUGGCCUCAUGAACCGCUGCUUGUGAUGGCUGGCCGAUGGCGAUGGCGAUGGCUUCGUCACAGCCGUUUUUUCUCCUCUCUCUCGACCAGCUUGUUCAGCUAGACUGUUCCUCUUCCUUAGGAUGAUACAGUGUGCGACUGCGAUCGUGCUUCAUAGGUGUAGUGUGGCUCUGCUCAUUUUUCCCACCAAUUUCACCUUUUUUGGUGGAUGUAUUUCCCCCCCUCCGGAUGUACAAAUGUAUGCUGGCCAUACAUGUAAUCUAUGAAGCAGACCUUGAUUUUUCCCAUUACAAGCACGUAUGUACGGAGAACCGCAGGUAUUGCACUUUUUAUUCUCGCCCAAUCA